AUGAGUUGGGAUCGUCCGGUUCAUAGCUUCAGCUAUUCCAAUGGCGAGCCCCAAACCCCGACGAGAACCCCGACCUCCGCUGCUUUCGCCGAGUCCUCUUUUCAAACACCAAAAUUCGAGUCGAGCUUUUACGAUCCUCGGGUGACAUGGGACACGGCGGAUCCGUAUGCGUCUAGUCCGGAGCUGCUCAAGACCCCUCAGAGAUUUGUUUUCGGAGGAACACCAAAUGGGCUACAACAGCAGCAUCCACAACAGGCUUUUGAUACUUCGUUCGGACAACGUCUUUCGCCGAAUGUGACGGUAAAGGGACCUGGGAAUACGGAUACGAUCAAGCGACGACACUCGACGAAACCUACUGCUGCUGCUGUGUUUGGGGAAGAAGGUCCAGGAACAAUCAACUCGGUCCGCUCAGCUGCUACCAUACAGACACCGCCGCCGACGAGUACAUCACGUAGAAAAACAUUGGAUCCUGGAGAUGGGUAUUUUGGCACUUCUAGAAAACUGUCUGCUGUCACGGAAACACAACUGGAAACACCGAGUCGGAUAAUUGCAUCGUCACCACAUCUGUUUGCCAAUUUCCAAAAUUCGCCCGACUUUUUCCAGUUCUCCAGCAUCGAUGCUACUUCGUCUCCGUUUUUCCCACAACAAAAACUAUUUCUCGACCAGGAUGUGGGAAAUCUUUCGUCACAAGUAUCCGGGGAUCCCUUUGCCAAUGACGGUCCUUUCAUGGCAACAUCUGCUGCCGUCUCACAACUGCAGGCGCUUGAAGUUCCUCCGCUUCCUACUAUACAAGGAUCUUUAGACUUGCCUGACUUUAGCACGGAUAUGAACUUUGGUAUUGGGCCGACAGCUCCAGUAGAUGCUGCUCUAUUCCCUACUCCAUUUUCAGCGUCCCCUCGGGUGCCAGUGACUAAAACUGAAGAUCCUAGCUUGUUUCUGAGCUCGCCAGCGCGACGAUUCGGUCCUCCACAAACCGUGCCACAGCCGAUGAGUGCUUCUAAACCAAAAAGACAGCCAUAUCACCAUCAAACUGAAGAAGCUAAAAGAGAGAAACAGCGUCGUGCAAGCAGAACAGUCCGUGAGCCCCUGGCAGGCGCUUUUUCAGAUGAAGAGGACGAAGAAGACGACGACUUUACUCCGCGAGCUGCACCAAGCACUCGACCUGGCUUAGCUAGAAGCAAAACAACAACUGCUAUCUCAACUAUCCACAACCGACAACAGAGCCAGCAAUCGUUUGCUAGCCUAGCAUCGACGAAUGGCGUCAAAAAGACGCCAUCUAAAGGUCGUUCAUCUCCGGUCAAAUCCAUGAGACAGUCAUUGCCACGAGCAAACUCAUCCUGUGUUCCGACACGGUCUCAGUCGUUGAUACUGAAAAUUGACAAGGACGGCAGGGCAAAGACCGAAGUCCAGGACGCUCUAGAGGCAGCAUCUGGAGGUUUCACUGGUCUGACAGACCCUAUAUCUGAAAUGGACAUAGACGGGUCGAUUACUGAAAGUGAGACUGAUUCUGCAGAAUUUUCAGACAGUCCUGCAUUCCAUAGCGCGCGUAACUCGUUUGCAUACCCGUCCGCUCUUACAAGACCCAAGGUUAGCCGGACUGGGUCUAUAUCGCGGCCUAAUUCGAAAAGCUCCUUUGCAUCUACUGUGAGCAGUUCCUCUGGACGUCGAUCACCGUGGGCAGGGUCUCGGCCAGCACGACCUCAAUCAGCCAUAAUGUCAUCGGAGUGGGCAAACACGCCUCAACGGUUUGCAACGAUCACCAAUGCCAAUUUCACCCGUCAGUCGUCUUCUACAGAUAGCACGCUCCCGGAUCCAGAGGAAGAUGCCGGCGAUGCACAACAUGCUUUGAGACAGGUUCUCAAAGGACGAGGACGGAAUACGAUUGGACGAGCUGUGGGUAAUAAUAUUAUGAAAGCACGACUGUCUGGUUCGCAAACGAUGCAUCAUUUACAGUCGUCGCCUCCUGGUUUAGGUGCAGUGUUUGACCUGACAUCUGGUGACUCGACGUCUCCUACGACGCUUACCGAUCUUGACUUGGCAACGCCGAGUUCAGAUAGGCACAGCAACCCCAGCAGCGGGACGAGAUGUGUCUGCAAGUCAUUAGACAAUGGCGGCCACCUCAUGAUCCAGUGUGAAUCAUGCAGUCACUGGCUACACACCAAAUGUGUCGGUCUUGACCGAUCCAACCUUCCCCCAGUGUACAUAUGUGUAUACUGUUCCUCGACGCCCAUGCGUGGCGGCCGUCUACGCGACCCAUUAGCAGCAGCAAUAUCGCAACCAGCAUCGUCGCCGCUAGCGCGCAAAUCUUUUCGAUACCGAUGA